AGUGAAUAAAAAUUCUAUUCUAUCUACAUAAGUUUUCAAUAAUUAUUUCAUUCGUAUAUUUAUACGAUAUCAAUAUAUCUAAAUAUAAUAAACGUAUAUAGUUUCGAAGAUAUAAUAUCACUUAUAUAUGCACGCGUAUAAUGAUAGAGCAAUUAAAUGUUGGGCGUGUAAUAAAUAAAAUAAAAUAGUUUAAAAUGACCUAGGAAAAAUUCAGUUGAAAAGUUUUGGAUUGAAAUUUCCCGUAGAAGUUCAAGGAGGAUCGUCAUUUCUCUUGAUAUAAACAUGCAGUGAUAAUGAAUAAGCAUAAGUGAAUAUUCGAAAAAUGUCGUCUCGUUAUCGCUCGCUCGUCAGCUGUGAGGGCUGUGAGUCAUUAUCAUUAGUGUUAUGAUCGUGCUUUUGUUUUUCUCGGCAUUCAGUAGUCGCCAUCUUGGAUUAUUUCUAACCUCAUUUUCCAUCUACAAAUGUCACAAUAAUAACAUUGAGAUGAUAUAUGCAUAGUGUUUGUUUAUACUGCAAAUAUUCCAAACUAUUGUUGUGUUGCUUUUGUUUAAUUUGAUACACGUUUCAAUGUUCUAUUCAUAACAAAUGCUUCUUCGUUUAAAUGAUUUCCCUCGUCGAUUUUUGAGAACCGUGAGCAUAUAAAAUAUUAUUAUCUAUCCGCAAUAAAUGAUUUUUUGAGUUUAUCGCUCGUUAGCGAAAUUGGUAUAACGACAAAAUGAAAUAACGGAAACUGGAAUUUCUGAACAUCUCAAACGAUAAAGAACGGGUACAAAAAUGAGUGCAUUAGAUCCUCUGGAGACAUUAUGGCAAGGGGCGAAUGCAAUUAGUCCCGCAAUUAUGAAGAGCCUGGAUGACUUCCCGGAGGAAGAGACUCGCAAGGUGCAUGAGCAAAAUCAUAUUAUCCGAACGCUCGAAGAUUCCCUUGUGUACGGACAGGAGGGAAAAUCGUUGCAUCCUUACGACGAGACAUCAAGUUUUCUGCUCAUUGAUGCGAGAGAGCAUCUGCGAGUUUCCAGUGUCGAACAGUUUUAUGCAAAAUUGAAUUGUGCCAAAGAGGCCAAGGUGAAAGUUGUAUCGAUAUUUGGCAACACUGGAGAUGGAAAAAGCCAUACUCUCAAUAGAACUUUCUUCCAAGGCAGAGAAGUUUUCCCCACUUCCAAUGAACAGAGCUCUUGUACGCUUGGCGUUUGGGCUGCCUUUGACCCGAGUCUACGUGUCAUUUGUCUCGAUACCGAAGGGCUUUUAGGUGUAACGGUUCAUGAGAACGAGCGUACGAGAUUGUUGUUGAAAGUUUUAGCCAUCUCCGAUAUCGUCGUAUAUCGGACGCGCUCGGAAAGAUUACACAGAGAUUUGUUCACAUUCCUUGGAGCAGCGUCCCGCGCUUAUACUCAUCAUUUUCAAGCUGCCCUACAAGCGCUGGGAAAACGCGAAGGCGUACCAAACUCCUCGUGUGCUCUCGGCCCGAGUGUUAUCGUUUUUCACGAAACUCGACACACUCGACCUCUCGCCAAUAGUACUUCGGAAAGUGCGGAGGACAUACUGAGAAGUCGUUUCGCACAGAUGCAGUUGGAAAUAGAGGCCUUCAGUUCCAUAAAAUACGUGGGGGUGCAAACACUAAAUCCCCCCACAGAUUAUGGGCCAUUAAGGAACGCCGUUAUAAACGAGCUGGAAAACACGACGGUGAGAUCGGCGAGAAAACCGAAUCUCGUUUACGGCACUCUCAAAAUAUUGAACGACAAAUUCUCCGGGGAAAUCUCCAAUGUUUCCAGUGUUUUGUUUCCCGACCAGUAUUUUACUUGUCCCGUCAAAUGUCUCAGCUGUGACUGUCGGUGCACCAAUAGCAUGGGUCACGUACGCGAAGGGAAACCACAUGUCAGCGAUACGCUUUGCAGAUAUCAACAUCAGUACGAGAACGUGAUAUAUAUUUGCAAAAAAUGUCACAGCAACGGUAACGAAGUAAUAGUGAGCUGUCGCACGCAAAUCCAAAGUGACAACGGCUGGUACGGUUUGGCGAAAUACGCCUGGUCCGGUUACGUAAUAGAGUGUCCACACUGUGGCGAAAUUUAUCGUAGUCGCCAAUAUUGGUACGGCAACAAGAAUCCUGAAGACGAUGCAGUGAGAACCGAAAUUAACCACGUUUGGAACGUGGCAAAUAUGUCGAUAACGAACCAAAAUACGGCGCAGCGUGUGAUUGACGGGGUGUCGUACAUAACAGAGACGGUGGCGAGCGUUUCUCUUCAGCCGACGAAAGCGUUGUCAGCAUGGGUCGCUGAUCAAGUGGCGCCGACUUAUUGGCGCCCGAACAACGAGAUUAAGCACUGUCACAAUUGCAAAAUCCUUUUUGGGGCUUCAGACUCGAAACAUCAUUGCCGGUCUUGCGGCGAAGGGUUUUGCGCUAAAUGUUCCUCGAAUGUGAAAACGGUACCAGCAAGAAAUUGGUUCACGCCUGUUCGCGUUUGCGAUUCUUGUUUCACCAAAGACAAUAAUUCCAACAACGAACCAAUUCUCGAUAACACCGAGGACGUCAGCGCCAGGAAGGUCACUGAACACGUUGUCUCGACUCUCAACGCGGUGGGAACCGUUUUUACUUAUUCCAAGUCCUUGAUCAAAGACACCGUUCGGCCUACGUAUUGGGUUCCGGAUUCGGAACUUACCAACUGUUGCGUAUGUAACAAAUAUUUCAACGUUCAACUUCCGCUCCAUCACUGUCGGGACUGCGGCCGAGGAGUUUGCCAAAAUUGUUCCCAGCAUCGGAAACCCGUACCGCGACGUGGUUGGGACAAGCCCGUGCGAGUUUGCGACUUGUGCAUGAAAAUUGAUUAAAAAAAAAAUAAGACGAAAGCUCGUUGACAGCAAGGAAAAAGCUCUGCCCAAAAAACGUUUUAGUACUAUUUUAUUAAAAUUCAAACGUUCCAGAAAUAUUCAAAUUCACACUGCGAAAGACGAUAGCGGGUCGAUAUUGGAAUUCAAAAAUUCCAAUUGCAUAAUUGUUCGAUUAUUUCGAUACUGAAUUUCGAAUUCAAAAAAUAUUUCUAUUACCCCUAGAUGAAGGGACUAUAUUUUUUGUUUUUAUAAUAAUUGAAACAAUUUUUUUUUUUAAUCUGAUCUUCGUAGUAAUUUUUUUUCCACGUGAUCCAAAACUGUGACAUGAAUUAUUCCAGUUUUCUAUUUUGAUAUUCAUUAAAACGUGAAUCGAAUGAUAGUGAAUGAAAAGACAGAUUUUCGUUGAAAUUCAUUACGGGCUGUGCCAUAAAUAUUACGUAUUUGAAUUUCACGUACGACGUUAUAACAAAAAAUAUGCCACAAGCGAUUCUAAUUUUAAGUUCUUUAUAACAAUCAUUGUUUUAAUUUUAUUUUUAUGUUCAGUAUCGAUAAUAACUUUUUUAUGAAUGCUCGAGAGAUAGAACUACUCAAAAGGAAAAAAAUCGCAAAACCAACAUUUUCCAGCACAAAAUUAUUUUUCAUUUCAAUGAUUUUCCUAAUUUUACGGAUAAACGUUUCGUGAGUAUUGAUGAAUCUGAUGGUAAGAAAAAACUGUUAGUAUUUCAUAAACUUGGCUGUGAGGGAGACCGUGUUUUGCGAAAAAAAAACAAUACCAAAAAAAGCAUUUUCUCAACGUUCCUAAAGCGCCGUGCAUUCCGCGGAAUUUUGUGGUAAUAAUUAUCCAGAUUAAUUUGAAAACUGAUUGGUCUUUUCAACGAAAUUCCAAAGUAGUGAAAUUUCAAGUUGCCAUGUUUUUAGUUUGAUUUUGAGAAAUUGAGGUUUCAGUAUUUGAUCGUUUUUCGUAAUAAUCCCGGAUAAGAGAUUUUUCUUUAUGAAUUUUAGUUCGAACUUCUCCUUUUCCUUGACUUUCAAAUUUAACAGACUUUUUGAAAUUUAAUCGAAAAAAUGUAAUUUGGAGAAAAACAAAAGGAAUGGCGAGAAAUAAUGGAAUUGAAAAGAUUGCUAAUGAUUCGUUCUUUUAAGCUGCAAUGAAUUGAUUGGGUUUCAAAUUAUUUAUCAAGUUCCAGAUACGAAUUAGUAUAUUUUUAAUAUGCCACAUUGUUCGAACGACGAAAAAAAAAACUAAACGAAGAGAGAGAAGAAGAUGUGAAAUAAAUACUUAUUAUUGACAGUUA